AUGUCAGACGAUUACGUUAUUAAGCCAGAGAACGUGGUACCUGCCAAUGACACCUCAUCAUGGCCCUUGUUAUUGAAGAACUACGACAAGUUGUUGGUUAGAAGUGGACAUUACACUCCCAUCCCAGCUGGUUCUACUCCCUUAAAGAGAGACUUAAAGUCUUACAUUUCCUCUGGUAUUAUCAACUUGGACAAGCCAUCCAACCCUUCUUCCCAUGAAGUUGUUGCUUGGAUCAAGCGUAUCCUUCGUGUUGAGAAAACCGGUCACUCUGGUACCUUGGAUCCAAAGGUUACCGGUUGUUUGAUUGUUUGUAUCGACAGAGCCACCAGAUUGGUCAAGUCUCAACAAGGUGCUGGUAAGGAGUAUGUUUGUAUUGUCAGAUUGCAUGACAAGCUUGAAGAUGAAAAGGACAUGGGAAGAUCAUUAGAAAACUUGACUGGUGCUCUUUUCCAAAGACCUCCAUUGAUCUCAGCUGUCAAGAGACAAUUGAGAGUUCGUACUAUUUAUGACUCUAACUUGAUUGAGUUUGACAACAACAGAGGUUUGGGUGUUUUCUGGGCCUCUUGUGAAGCUGGUACUUAUAUGAGAACUUUAUGUGUCCAUUUGGGUAUGCUUUUGGGUGUUGGUGGUCACAUGCAAGAAUUGAGAAGAGUUAGAUCCGGUGCUUUGUCUGAAAAUGAUAACAUGGUUACCUUGCACGAUGUCUUGGAUGCACAAUAUGUUUAUGAUAACACUAGAGAUGAAUCAUAUUUGAGAAAGAUCAUCAAGCCAUUGGAAACUUUAUUGGUUGGUUAUAAGAGAAUUGUGGUCAAGGAUUCUGCCGUCAACUCUGUUUGUUACGGUGCCAAAUUGAUGAUUCCAGGUUUGUUGCGUUAUGAAGAAGGCAUUGAAUUGUAUGAUGAGGUUGUGUUGAUGACCACCAAGGGUGAGGCUAUUGCAAUUGGUGUUGCCCAAAUGACCACUGUUGAUUUGCAAUCUUGUGACCACGGUGUUGUUGCCAAGGUCAAGAGAUGUAUCAUGGAAAGAGACACAUACCCAAGAAGAUGGGGUUUGGGUCCAGUUGCCACCAAGAAGAAGCAAAUGAAGGCUGACGGUAAGUUGGAUAAGUUUGGUAGAGCCAACGAAAACACUCCAGAAGAUUGGAAAACAUCCUAUAAGGAUCACAGUGACGAACCAGCUCCUCCAGUGCCACAAGAAAAGUUGGUUGCCCCAGAAAUCCAAUUGCCCAAGAAACUGUUGAUUGAAGAAAUUGACAUUGACGUUGACACCGAUACCAAGUCAUCAGAAAAGAAGGAAAAGAAGGAGAAGAAGGAAAAGAAGGAAAAGAAGGAGAAGAAGGAAAAGAAGAGAAAGCACGAUGAAGACGAAGACAAGUCUGAAAAGAAGAAGAAGAAGUCCAAGAAGGAUUAA